CAGACUUGAAACCCAUGUACAAAUAAAUAUUUAUACUUAAGCUUUAGAAAUGUCGAGUAUGAACACUGAUAGAAAAUAGGAUUUACCGCGGAAUGACUAUGUAUUUAAUAGUGUUGAUGUAACAUUUGAUCGUUAAGCUCGUGUCACAUACCCGGUCCCAGCCGAUUGAGCAAAUAUAUGGAUCAAUUGAGUUGCUUUCUAUUGAUUUGAUGCGAAAACGGAUGUGAUUCAAACAUAGUGUAGAUCUAUAAUGUAAGUGAGAACAAAUGUGAACUACAGUUAUACAUUAUGGAUUUUUAACCAGGAUGUUAAAAGCAUAAACUUAAUGUGACAGAGAUAUAGUUGAACUUUCUUAUUUCAUAUAAAGUUCCUUUCAUUUUGUGCAUGAGGGCUCAGGUAGGAGCCACUUCCUUCGGCAUAAUGGCUUACCUUUACCCGACGAGCCGCAGCAGGAUCCGGACUUUUGGCGGAUGUAUCCUGCUGGUCGCCGCGUUCCUGCUUGUCAAGUCGUUUUUAUUUGACACCAAUGAGGUUGUUAUUCCGGGCUAUAGCAGACUGGAUCUGUCCAAGUAUCCGGACCAGGGUAUCUGGCAGGCCGAGGAGUUUCCGGCGGACGGCCCGCCGCGCAUUGAACACAUCCUCCACCAGACGUGGAAGACGACGGACGUCCCUGCACACUACGUGGGCUGGAUGCGUACAUGGGCGGACAACCACCCGACCUGGCGCUAUAUGUUUUGGACAGACGCCUCCGCCCGUCAGCUCAUCCAGGACAAGUACUCCCAUUUACUUCCCACGUAUGAUGGCUACUUAGAAAAUAUACGCCGAGCUGACGCCAUGCGCUAUGUAAUUCUGUACGAAUACGGCGGGGUUUACGCCGACCUGGAUAUGGAGAGUCUGUUACCAUUAGACAGUAUCGCGCGGAAAUAUUCGUGCAUACUACCUCAGGAACCAUAUGAGCACCCCAUUAUAGACUCGAACUUCGAGCAUCUCGUGAUUAACGCGGUGCUGGCGUGCCGGGCACGUCACCCGUUCAUGAAGAAGGUGAUGGAGAGUCUGCCAGAAUACUUCCACAUGUGGAACCUACUGGACAGUACAGGACCGCACUUCCUCACUCUACAGUACCGGCAGUACAAGCGGGACGUCGAGGCGAACCAGAGGAACGCCGACGGGGUUUACCUAGCGCCGGCCGAAUACUUCUUCCCCACCCUCGACCCCGUCAAGUUCCCCUACAUGAAGUCCAGAUGCAAUAGCUUGUUUAAUACCAUGUCUCAUCUUCAACAGUCAGCCUGUGUUAGUUUGAAACGAAAAGGACUUAAACGAAAGCCGUAUCCAUUUUCUUUCACAAACCAUCAUUGGAUGCAUACUUACUUUACAAACAAAUUCUCAAUAGCUGGUCCAUCCGAAUUGAAGUCGUUCAUUCCAACCGCAGAAAUUUAUUCUGGUACUUGAUACAAAUUGUCAUUAGGUAGGGAUUUUUCUACACAAGCCAGUCAGUUGUAGCCACGGGUCCCUUGUCCGGGGAAUAGUGGGCACUUUCGGUCCAGCCAGGGACAAACUGGUGGUAAAAUUCCCCCAAAAUGGCCCCACACUCCUAUGUAAGGCAUAUUUGCUAUUUUCUGCGCGAAAACAAAACCACCGCAUUCACUCGGCACUGCGGAGCCACAUGGUAGGUAAAAACGCGGCCCAUUUCCCCCGCUAUAUCCGGACCUGGGAGGCGUGGUUACAAUUGACUGGUGCAUUUACUAUGGCGCCAUCCAGUGUCUUUAUCUGAUAUUUAUUUGUUUUUAUACAUAUAACCUUAACAUACCAUGUUAAUGUCUUUGCGUUCAAGUGCUACAAGUUCUACAUGCGGCAACUUGUUUAUGCAUUUAAUGCUUUCAGUCGUUGUGUCGACAUUCUUCCUAUAUAUGACAAUGCAGAUAGAGAGCAUGAUCAUUGUGAUAUUUUGAUGACACCUAUUUUCUAUAUGAUAUGUAGUAUGUGUUCAUUUUAUUCUUUUCUUAGUUUUUAAAUUUGUUUUAUUCUUUUCUUAGUUUUUAAAUUUGUUUUUAUUAUUUUCUUAGUUUUUAAAUUUGAUUGUCCGUUAUGCAUGCCUAAUUUGCAUUAAUGUCAACAUUCCGUUUAAAGACAUGCAUGUACAAGGCCUGAUAACGAAUAAUUGUUGGUAUAAACGUUCGUUAGUAAAAUGAGAGACGCUAUCAUUCAAAAUCAAUACAUACACACGUAUAACAGACAUACAUUUUGAGUGAUAAACCUUUAACUACUUACUAACUAAUGCAUUUAUGGAAAAUAUUUACUAGCUUAAAAACGCAAACAUAUGAAAUGAUUGGUGAAUGCUAAAGAUUGACUCUGAUCAAGGUAGAAAUACCGUGUUUUCUGUCCCUUAAUAACUCGGUAUCAUUCCUAAGUGCCAUUGUUUUCGACAUUUAUUCAUCCUUUUUGGUAUAUUAAAAUAAUUGCAUAAAUUUUGGUAAAUCUUAUUUAGUAAGAGUGCAUCUUUAAAACAUACAUCUAUAUACUUCUUAAAGUCAGGUAUAAUCCCGUUUCUAAGAACCAAUAUAUGCUACUUCCAUUGUUCUUAUACCGUGCGCCACAAGGGGUUGUGUUCAGCCUGGACGCAGUAAGGGUCAUUUACAUACAUGUACAGAAAAGGCCACUAAAUGUGUCAGAAGUCCUUACAUGGAGAACCCAUCACAAAUAAACCCACAUCAGAAAUCAGUUUGUCUCCCUUGAAGCACCAACCCAAGGUUAGUUAUUGAACAUCUUAAAUGGACGCAUUUAUGUUUUGUAAAAUGCACUUUUAACGGAUUUUUUAUUACGAAAUAAAAGGUGGCAUAUCAGGAGUAUUUAAACAAAGAACCAUUCAACAACUGUUAAUAUUAUUUGCUCAAAUAUUGCCUUCGAAAUGCACAAUUUUGAAUUGUGUUUUUAUUGCCAUUCAUCAAAAGGUUGUAUCAUGAUUGGUUGAUUGACAUUAUCAAGUGAUGCUAGCAACGGUUUCAAUAAUGUUGCAAAUUUCCAUCAGCUUUGUAUGAGUUCUUGUGGGUGAGUGGAUAAAGUUUAAGCAUGCAAGUUUUCGUGUAAAUUAACUGAUACAUGUAUAUUGAUUCCAUUUCAGGCCUUGCAUUUCGAGUCUUUCGAUAUUUUUUACUAUUAUUAUUACUAAAAACAGGGACAUUCUGUAAGAAACAAACCUGAAAAUGAUUGUCACUAUAUAAUGAUUAAAAAACAAACGAAACCACAACACACAAAUUGCCUACGUAAUGAUCAUGUUAUAAAUCUCAAACUUACUCGAAAGGAUUCUUAAACUUCCUGGAGGAAAAUACUUAUUUACUUUAUGUUCAAAAUGCUUCUGAAUUGAAAAUGGCCGCCGUAAUAAUCGAAGAAAAAUCAUAAAAUUUCACUGUUCUGUGUUAAGAUACGUUGUUUAUAAAUCCAUUUCUAAACGAACCAGCUCGCAUUUUAAGUUUCUCUGACGCUCUUUUUUACAAAUUGUUUAAGCCCUUCGCUGCAAUUAUUGGCCUCUUUAUAAACAUCACCGUAGUCACAGCUACUACUGCUACCGCUACUGCUACUGCUACUACUACUAUCACUACCACUACCAUUACCAAUACUAUUACUACUACUACUACUACUACCAUCACCAUCACCACCACCACCGCCACCACCACCACCACUAUCACUACCACUACCACUACAACUAUUAUCACUACCACUUUCACUACUACUACUUCAACUACUACUACUAUUACUACUGCAACUACUACUACAACCACCACCACCAUCGCCACCACCACCACCACCACCACCACCACUAUUA